AUGGCGAGCCCUAACCCUGAUACCGAUUUAUCAUCCAUGUUUAUACAAAGAAGUGAUGUCAAAACUUGUAAAAGUCCGACAAAAUCUGAACCAUCUUCUCGAAGAAAUUCGCUAAAAAAUAUACCAGCGGAAGUCAUUACGGUUAAAGAUUUUUUCGACUUUAUGAAAACAGCUUAUCAAGUUUAUGAACACUUAGAAGGUGAUGAGGAUGAAGGAUGUAAAAUUAACUGGGAGGAAUUGACUAAGUUGACGGUGAUCAAUCACGUUAUUGAACAGCAAGAAAGAGAUCUUUUAUACCAAACUGCCUUUACUGAACAAAAACCUAUUACCAGUAAAAGCGAUACUGCGAUCGAAAGAAGAAAUAGUGAAGAAUGUACGGAAAAGCGUUACAGCUGUAGCGAAAUCGAAGGCAAAAGUCGCAGGCGUUCCUUACCUUCAGAAGCUAGAGUAGAAAUGCUUGGUGUUUGGACAGAAGCUAACCUAAAUUGCAAGUUGAAUGAUGUGAUUAACGAAGGCAUAUUGGAUUCUAUUUUGCCUUAUUUGGUAGGUUACAAAAAGCCAACAAAAACCAUAAGCGUGUAUACUCCGAUAAUAAAGAAAACAUCAUCAAACACCUCGUCCGAAGUUAAAAAGCCCGCCAGUUUUGGAGCAUUUGUGAACGAAAAAGAAUCCAGAGAUCGUCUAGGAAGACGUAAAUCUUCGGUUGCUGCCGCACAAGAACGCGUAAAUCAAAAACAGGACGGUGACGUAGAAAUUCACGUGUGUGACGAAGUUAAAGGUCUGAAGAAAGACUUCAGGUGUCCGCAGAAGUUGCUCGUGUCGAAGAUGGGAUACUUUGCUGAUGUGACCGCCGGCCAGAGGCUCGAGGACAUGGACAUUUCUGUUCACUGUGAUAUUCAGAUCUUCGAUUGGCUGAUGCGAUGGGUGAAGCGUGAUACGAUCUUGGUGGCGGACUGGCCGCUGCUCGACCCUCACAAUGUUGUACCAAUCCUUGUGUCAGCCUCGUUUUUGCAAAUGGAACCGCUGUUACACGACUGCCUCAUCUACUGCCACGCUCACAUGAACGACAUCGUCAAAACUUCAACAAAUCUAGCAUGCCUUAGCGACGCACUUUUAACCAGAUUAGCAGCAAUGUACACCAAUGCUGAGCUGGAGGCUGUCCGUGAUCGCAAAGACAAGAUACAGUCCCGGCUGUACUGCAAGAUGAUUUUGUCCCUCGCUGAACCAGUGCCGGAGACCCUUCGAGGACAUUACGCUACUUUGGCCACGCUCUUCAAGUGCAGCAAGUGUAACAAGUUGCUAGGUCGUCACAUAGCUGAGCAAGUUCCGUGCCAGCCAAGCAAUAUGCGCAUAGACAGACGCGGGAAUGUCAUCUCUACUCAUACCAAGGACAUGUCGUGGAGUCUCAACGAGUACAUAACAUGGCUGUACGGUGAGCUGAGGUCGUGGCGGCGUGUGUACUGGCGCCUGUGGGCCGACUGCCACUUCCUACGCUGCCAGCUCUGCGACUCCUACUUUCCAGCUUAUCAGAUGGAGUGGUGCUCUCAGCACGGUGACGGCGCGCUGGACGGACGCACGCUGCCCACCGCGCGACACGCGUGCUGCGGGGAGCGCGCCUACCGGUUCGAGACCAUUCCGCGGAGCACGGGUUGUCAGUUUCGCGAGCACGUACCUGACGAACGGCUGGCCGCCGACGCCGCCGUGAUGGAGGUGUACAACAACUUUAGAGACAUCAUCGCCAUGAGGCCGCCGCAGCUGAUGUUCCCUGAGAGGCUGACUAGACUUGUGCCGAGAGAAAGCGGUGAAGAUCCAAGCGGUCGUCUUCAAUGUAAGGAGGUGUUCUGGUGGGAGGGGAUCCAGCUGGUUCCACCUCGCCAGCCCUUGGGCUUGUUGGGCAAACUCUACACCAGCAACACCAAGUUCAACCCGAACGCGCGCCCCGGAUCCCCUGUUCUGGGCGCCACUCGUACUUCUGUGCAGUCGAUCAGCGGAAAUUGUUCAAGCGGUAUAUGCGCGACGCCGGAAGUUCGAGAAAUCAAACCGAAACCGUCAGUUAAGGAAGACAGUCCAAGAAAGCAAGGCGUCGGCAGCGGCGACGUGGACGCGUCGAGUGACUCCAGCGAGCAGAGCUCGGACAGUGACCGCAGCGAGGAGGACGCCCCGCGGCGCUCGCGGGCGCGCGCCAGAGCCCCGCCCCCGCCGCCCGCAGCCAGGAACACGGUUCGACGUGGGCGAGCCCAGGGUCGAGUAUGGGCGGCCACACAGUCAGCUCGUAGUAACCAAGAUGGACAGCGACGAUUCGAGGAGCGUGCUGCUGCACAUAUGCGCGCUACACUCGCCCGGAGGCAUCAACGAGCGCCUCGGCAACGUGAGCAUCCUGGCGGUGCGUACGCGCGCCUGGAAGCGGAAUGGCGGGAGCGCCAUGGAGCGCGCGCCCGCCCCGCGCCCUCCGCCCGCGGCCGGCCCGCGCCCAAGUACAAGUGAAUACUUGGAUCUCACUCUCAAUACACACUCUCAUAGUAA